AUGGAUGCUUACGACUCCAACUUCUGGCUGCCCCAGUGCCGGCCAGAGGUCCCCAGGCCUGGCCUGAUGCCCAGCUCAAUACAGGUGAACAAGACACUGCAGCAAGAUAGCCCCAGCAUGGUGGGUGACAGGUUGCUACCAAAGAACAGUGCGGUGGUCAUCGACAUGGGCACAGGUACCUGUAAGGUGGGCUUCGCAGGGCAGGCCCGGCCCACCUACACCGUGGCCACCAUAGUGGGCUGCCAGCCCAAGAAGCCGGCCACCAGUGGGCAGCCGGUGCUGGAGACGUUCAUCGGCGAGGCCGCCCGCAUGCGCCCAGAGCUGACAUUGGUGCAGCCGGUGCGGAAUGGCAUUACGGUGGACUGGGAUGCAGCCGAGCUGAUCUGGCGCCACAUGCUGGAGCACGACCUCCGCAUAGCCACCGGGGACCACCCGCUGCUGUUCUCCGACCCGCCCUUCAGCCCCGCCACCAACCGAGAGAAGCUGGUAGAGGUGGCUUUCGAGUCACUGCGCUCCCCUGCCAUGUACGUGGCUUCCCAGUCGGUGCUGUCUGUCUAUGCGCACGGGCGGGUCAGCGGGCUGGUGGUGGACACGGGCCACGGGGUCACCUCCACAGUGCCCGUCUUCCAGGGCUACCAUCUGCCCCAUGCCACUGAGCGCCUGGACCUGGCGGGCACUCACCUGACCGCCUUCCUAGCGGAGAUGCUGCUGGGCUCCGGCUUGCCGCUGGGGCAGCAGGACCUGGACACCGUGGAGAACAUCAAGCACCGCUAUUGCUACGUGGCCCCCGACUUCCAGAAGGAGCAGGCCCGGCCGGAGCAGGAGUACCGGCAGAGCCUGAAGCUGCCCGACGGCCGGACGGUCACGCUGGGUAAGGAGCUGUUCCAGUGCCCAGAACUGCUGUUCAGCCCUCCGGAGAUGCCAGGGCUGUCGCCCGUGGGUGUACCCAUCAUGGCCAAACAGAGUCUUCACAAGGUGCCCUCGGAGGUGCGGGCAGAUGUGGCCCAGAAUGUGCUGCUCUGCGGGGGCUCCUCACUUUUUGUGGGGUUCGAGGGCCGCUUCCGGGCAGAGCUGCUGCGGAGUCUGCCCCCUGAGGAGCACGUGGUGGUGGCGGCCCAGCCCACCCGUAACUUCUCUGUGUGGAUCGGGGGCUCCAUCCUGGCUUCGCUGCGUGCCUUUCAGUCCUGCUGGGUCCUGCGGGAGCAGUACGAGGAGCAGGGGCCACACAUCGUGUACCGCAGAUGCUAUUGA